AUGAAAUGGUAUAUGGAAAGUGAUAGUGAAUUCGAAGAUGUUGACGAUUCUGAUAGUGAUCCAGAUUAUAUUAUGACAGAUAAGAGCGAUGAAGAAAUUGAAGAAGAGACAAAUACUAAAAACAAUCAGAGAAAUAAAACACUUAGUGAAAAUACCUCGGAAAAUAGUGAUCAGGAGUGCGACCUUUUGGAAACAAACCAAGAAAUCGUUGCCAUGGAUAACAAUGAUGACGUAGGGAACGUGCAAUUUUUCAUCGAAAAAAAUAACAAAAAAGAUUUUCUAUGGAAAUUGGUGGAUGGAAAGCUCAGCCCUGUCACCAUGAAAAUUUCUUGUUCUUGUGAAACCAACUGUGGCACGUGGUGCGGGUGCCGCCGAAGUAGGUUGGUGUGCUCACUUGCAUGCAAGCAUUGCGAUGGCAACAGCUCAAACCAAAAAGGCACUUCCAAUGUGGCCGAGAUUAGUGACGAGGAAAAAGAUGAAAAAGGGGAAGAAGAUGAAGAAGAGUUUGAACAAGAUGUUUAG